UAUAACCUUUUCUAAUCUCUCUUAGUCUACAAGUCGAAAUGAGUCUCUUCCCUCUCUCAGUUCUCGGAACCUCUCAACUUCAUCAUCAACCCAAAUCGAUGAACGCACCACUAUCGUCGGAUGCAAGAGGCAAACGUAUCCUCAUUGAUUCGGACGACCGAAUCAGUAAACUCCCCGACGACGUGUUGGUCAAGAUCCUAGCAACUAUGUCCACAGAAGAUGCUGUCAAGACAGGUGUGUUGUCUACACGAUGGAAGAAUGUAUGGAAACAUGUGCCUUACCUCCACUUCGAUAUGCUAAAUGCUCCCUUGAACAAGAGGAGACCUCUGGCUCCUCUUUCUAAUCAUGUUGCGAAAUCGAUAACCAAGGUUAUAAACAAUCACAAUGGUCAUCUGAUGGGUUGCUCAAUCGAUCAUUUCGCACACCAUUGUCAAGACGGUGAGCUCGAAACUUGGGUUCGGUUACUUACCCUUCAGAAACAUACCAAAGCCCUCUCACUUUUUAACCUAAUUCAUCUCCUUCAUCUUCAUGGUAAUGGUAAGAGAUCCAAUGUCCUUCAAUUGUCCCCAAACACAUUCUCCCAUCCAAGCCUCUCAACACUCUUCCUACAUGGAUACGAUUUAGAAACCCCACAUGCCUUCAACGAGUGUAAUAAUCUCAAGAUUCUCAAACUUGAGAGAAUCUUUGCUGAGGUUGAUGUGUUCAACACAGUUAUUGCAUCGUGCCCUUCUCUCAAGGUGUUGGUGCUAAAUGCCAUGUGGUACAACAAUAAGGCUUGCUUGAAGAUUCAUAACAACAAUCUUAAAGUCUUGCAUUUGGCUUCCUGUAAUGUAGAUUGCAUUGACGUGUCUGCAGCUCUUCUAGAUAUUUUCUCCGUUUACUACUAUAUGUUUGGUAGGAAAUAUAACUUCGUCAUCAAUGCACCAAGAAUUUGGUUUAAUAGCUGGACUAAGGACUCUAGGAGAGUGCCAUUCAUGAACUACAACAUUACAUCUCAUGCUCAGGAGAAAGAAAAUCUUGGACAUGAGUUCGUGGUGAGUGGAGAUGCUAACUAUUUUCUGCGGCUCAAGUCUUUGAAGGUGGUCAUAGAUGUAAUGAAUUCGAGAGAGGUCCAAAUGUUGAGGGACAUCUUAGUAACGUGGCAUGGAAUAAUGGAAGAGCUCGAUAUAUUAUUUAAGGAUAACAAUGUCUCUAAGGAAGAGGGCGAAUCUUCGAUCGGUGGAACACAAGAGAAAAAGUGGGAAGAGACAAAACUGUUUCCCAAUGCUGAUUUCCGCGUGGAAGUUUUGUGGAUGGCUAAUUUCAGCGGCUCGAAUAAGAAACAGUUUGCAUUAGCUUCGCGUUUUGUAACGCAAGGGACAGUAAUGAAGAAGAUAAUGAUCAAGACGUCUUCGAUUGUUGCAAAGAAGAAGUUAGAGAACGAAGCGGCCGUGGCCAAACUAAAGGAACUUCCAAAGGGUAAUGAGAAUCUUAGUAUUGAAUGCUUCUGAUGGCAUUUGGUUCAAAUCUAGUAGAAAUAAUAUUUCUAGUCCUAUGUGACAAAUCCUGUAGUGAAAAAGACAAAAUUUUAAAACAUAAUGUUCUCGUUUUCUUCUCCCUUAUGACAUAAAAUCUAUAGGUUAAUAUAAUAUUGAAUGCUUU